AUGGCACUGCUCUGGCUCAUGGUGCACCUGGCACUGCUCGGGAAUAUCAGCGGGUUGGCCAAGUUCACAAAUGUGCAGUGCGUCAGCCAGGACGCGAACUUCACCCUGUUUACCGUCUGUCGCCUGCAUGCGGUUAAGCGCGACGUGGCUGAAAUGAGUUUGCGAGUAAAGAUCAUUCAAUUUCCCAAAAUCCCAGUUGCGAUGCGAAUACAGCUGCUGAAACGCGCCAGCGGCUACAAGCCCUUCCUGUACGAUGUGAGACACUGCGAUGUGUGCGAGUAUCUGGAGAAGCGGAACCAUCCCUUUGUGAAUAUCGUGUUCAAUAGCUUCGCGAAUCACACAAACGUCAACAAAUGCCCACUGCCCUCGGAGUUGCGCGUGGAGCAUUUUCGGUUUCCAGUCAAGGCGCUCGAGUUGCUGCCGCUUCCUGGCGGGGAUUAUGCGAUCUAUUCCACGUUCAGCUUCGAUCGUCGAGAGCGGGCCACGCUGAAGGUGUUCUUCACGCUGACUGAGUCUCGUUAG